AUGACAGGGUGGAGGAGGAGCAGGAGUGGCAGGGUGGAGGAGGAGCAGGAGUGGCAGGGUGGAGGAGGAGCAGGAGUGGCAGGGUGGAGGAGGAGCAGGAGUGGCAGGGUGGAGGAGGAGCAGGAGUGGCAGGGUGGAGGAGGAGCAGGAGUCGCAGGGUGGAGGGAGGAGCAGGAGUGGCAGGGUGGAGGAGGAGCAGGAGUGACAGGGUGGAGGAGGAGCAGGAGGGGCAGGAUGGAGGAGGAGCAGGAGUGGCAGGGUGGAGGAGGAGCAGGAGUGGCAGGGUGGAGGAGGAGCAGGAGUGACAGGGUGGAGGAGGAGCAGGAGUGGCAGGGUGGAGGAGGAGCAGGAGUGACAGGGUGGAGGAGGAGCAGAAGUGGCAGGGUGGAGGUGGAGCAGGAGUGGCAGGGUGGAGGUGGAGCAGGAGUGGCAGGGUGGAGGAGGAUCAGGAGUGACAGGGUGGAGGUGGAGCAGGAGUGGCAGGGUGGAGGAGGAUCAGGAGUGGCAGGGUGGAGGAGGAGCAGGAGUGACAGGGUGGAGGAGGAGCAGGAGUGGCAGGGUGGAGGUGGAGCAGGAGUGGCAGGGUGGAGGUGGAGCAGGAGUGGCAGGGUGGAGGAGGAGCAGGAGUGGCAGGGUGGAGGAGGUCAGAUAAGUGGAGGAGGAGCAGGAGUGGCAGGGUGGAGGAGGAGCAGGAGUGGCAGGGUGGAGGAGGAGCAGGAGUGGCAGGGUGGAGGAAGAGCAGGAUUGGCAGGGUGGAGGAGGAGCAGGAAUGGCAGGGUGGAGGAGGAGCAGGAGUGGCAGGGUGGAGGAGAGAGGGGCGGAGACGAGGGUGGUGUGGGGGGUGAGAGAGGGGCGGAGACGAGGAUGUGUGGGGUGAAAGGGGGGGUGGUGGUGGGGGGUGAAAGAGGGGCGGAGACGAGGGUGGUGUGGGGGGUGAGAGAGGGGCGGAGACGAGGGUGGUGUGGGGGGUGA